AUGCCUCGACAUUGCACUCAAGUCACGGGAAUGGCAAAACCGACUGUGUGGAGUGGCUCACAGCACUCGGUGUGGUCGACCGGCCCUGGGCGAGUCAACCGGCUGGACUACCUCUUCCUGCAUGACGAGUUGGCUUCCCAUCUCAACCCCGAGGCCAGAUAUGACCCGAAUGGCUAUGGUGGCGACCAUCUCACCCACACUGUGACUCUGUCCCAGAGCCCCUGCCCCACUACGAAGGGCUACUGGCGACUACCACGAGAGCUGUUGUCCGAUCCCAACAUCCAACGUGCCAUCACCAUGGAGGCCACCACUCUUCUUGGCAAGAUGCGAGCUGACGAGACCCUCAACCAUGGUGCGAUGUGGUAUGGCUGGCUGAAACGAAUGAGACGCCAGCUCAUCAAAUGCCAUCGGCUACACAUCGAAUCGGCUAACACCCAACUCCACCACCUGCGACUCCGUCUCGCAGCUACAAAACGGGCACUGGACGGUGACGGUGACGAUGUUUCCAAGGCUGCUGAUGUUGCUGCGGCUCAGCUAGCCUACGAUUCAGCCAAGUCUGAGCAUGGCCAAUAUGCCCGCGAUCGACAGUUCGACUUCCAUGCGAAUUCGAAUGAGCGGGGAACGUCUCAUUUCUUUCGGAAGCCGUUGGGAACCAAGGUGCCCAUCAACUGUGUCACCGUGGAUGGGGUGAUGAUCACCGAUGAGCCCACCGUCCAAACCACGUUCACGGCGCACUGGCGAUCCAUCAUGACGAGCCCACAGGAUGCCAACCCACCAGAUCACCAUCGCCGUCGUGCUGUAAUCGAGUCCCUCACGAAGCGACUCAACCUGGCUGAUCGUGACAGUCUCGACCAGCACACCCAUCACUGCGACUGA